UUAAGAAACCAGGGUAUAAAAUGCUGUCCGCCUAAAAGUUUAGUUUGAUAAAUAGCUUGGCCACGAGUCUAUUUUAAAAAAUUGUUUUAUAAUUUAGCUUAGUUCGGUUAAUUUUCCCUGUUGAACGAUAACGACAUUAGAUUAACAUUUGUUGCUAAUCUUACUCAAUUAUAGCAGCUAAUCGAAAACGAAAAACCUAACUUAAAACAACUUAUUUCAAUCAUUACUCUUUCAUACUCUCUCUCUCCUCCUCUUUAAUGGCGGAUUCCGAUCAACCGCCGGCGAAAAUCCGCCCAAUCGGCGGCACCGAAAACAGCUGGUGCAAAGCCACCAUUGGUGGCACUGGGAUAACCGUUUUAUCUCUCCUCCUUAACAAAUGCCCUGAUUUCACUCUUCUCCAAAACGCUAUUCACAAACUCCAGAAUUCCCACCCUAUUCUCCGCGCCAAACUCCAUUUCGACCCUUCUACCUCCACUUUCUCUCUCCUAAUCCCUUCUUCUUCGUCCCUCAAUCUUCACCACUUCGAUCUUCAAUCCACGGCUCAGAUCAUCCUAUCUCAAAAACCCAAUGUGGGUCACACUGAUAUCAGCUCCUUCCAGAUCCUUCUAGAACACGAGCUCAACGACAACCCCUGGAAGAAUCUCGACCGUUCAUCGGAGGAAGAUGAUGAUGAUGAUGGGGUUGAUGUGUUGCAUGCAAGUGUGUAUGAGAUUGAGGAGAGUGAAAAAUGGGCGGUUAUGAUUAAGCUUCAUACUGGGGCGUGUGAUCGGACGGCUGCGGUUGCGGUGAUGAAGGAGUUGACGGAGUUGAUGAUGAGUGGUGGUGGGUCCCAGGAGGAGGAGGGAGAAGUGGGUUUGGGGGUUGAAGAGUAUAUUCCAAGUGGAAAGACGAAUAAGCCCUUUUGGUCUCGUGGGGUGGAUAUGCUGGGUUAUUCUUUGAAUUCCUUUCGGUUGAGUAAUUUGGAGUUUGUGGACCCGAAUUUGCCUCGUAGUUCCCGGGUUGUUAGGUUGUAUAUGGAUUCGGAUCAUACCACCAAGUUACUUGAGGGAUGCAAGACUAGAGGGAUUAAAUUAUGUGGUGCCCUGUCAGCAGCAGCUUUGAUUGCUGCACGGUUGUCCAAAUGCCUUCCUGAUGGUGAAUGGGAGAAGUAUGCUGUGGUGACUCUGAUUGAUUGUCGUAAACUUCUUGAGCCCGCCCUUUCUAGCCAUCAUGUUGGAUUCUAUCAUUCUGCCAUCCUCAAUACUCAUGACAUGAAAGGAGGCGAGGAGCUGUGGGAGCUCGCCGGAAGAACUUACACAUCCUUUGCAGAUGCAAAGAACUCAAACAAGCAUUUUUCGGAUAUGGCUGACCUCAAUUUUCUCAUGUGCCGGGCCAUUGAAAAUCCAGGUUUGACUCCAUCUUCUUCCUUGAGAACCUCCUUUAUCUCGGUUUUUGAAGAUCCGGUAAUUGAUGAAACAAAUGAGAACCAUAAGGAACUAGGGAUAGAAGAUUACAUGGGAUGUGCCUCUACUCAUGGUGUGGGCCCUACCAUUGCUAUAUUUGAUACUGUAAGGCAAGGCAAACUGGAUUGUGCAUGUGUCUAUCCAUUUCCUUUGCAUUCAAGAGAACAAAUGCAAGAAUUGGUUGACAAUAUGAAGAAAAUCCUUAUUAAUUGUUUGUAAUUCUUUUGAGAGGUAGAGGCUUUAAUAAAGCUUAGCUGACUUGUAUGAAUUUGCGGCUGUAUAAUUAAGGGAGAAAUGUAAAUGAUUCAUCAUUCCUUAAUCUUUCUGCAGUAUGUUACUGCAAUUUACGUGAUGAUCCUACCUUGUCUAGAGGAAACUUUCGUACCCCCUCCUUGCAGAUGUUCGACAUUGCUGCUAUACUGCUUAUAGUCAGCAUCCCUUCAA